CGGAAGGGCUUUUUCAUAGGGAGAGCGUUCGAGAUUCCGGAGCAGACGUGGGUAGCAUAGCAUGUAAAGGCCAUUCAAUGGCUGAACCUCUUCGCCAGGCGCGAUCUUCCAAACGUGUGGUAUUCUCUCGCGACGCUCCUCCGACCUUUUCCAUUCCACACGGCGGCAAAAUGAUCGCGCAGGAGUCCAGGGCAACAAUGAGCGCUAUAUCUAGCAGCGGAUGUCUCUUCAGACAUGAUGACCAGACAUCUUUCCAAACUUACUUUUCAUCGAACUCCCUUAUUAGCCUCUCCUUUUCAGACGGUUACUCUUAAUUUCACAUGCCACGUCACGCUGCGAUCUUAUCAUCAUGCUGUCUUUAACCAAAGCUUCGUCAGUGGCCUGCGUCCUUCUGGCAUGCCUUACCUUUUCGUCAAUUGUCCAAGCAUACCCUGUUUCCACAUCAGACAAGGAGACAUUAUCCAGAUCGUUGGAUUCGCGAUCGCCGGAUCCGAGAAUGAUCCCCGACAGCGAAAACCGUGAUCUCGUCAACUCCCUCUUCAACUCGCUGGGGUUUAGCGCUCUGGCCAAUCUCAACCACUGGAAAUCCGACAAUGAGCCCGAUGUCAUCGAUGACAGCAACGUCCCCACGAGGACGGAGACCACCAAAGACAACACUGUUGAUGACAAUGGCGAUAUCCACACGGAUAACAGCCGCGAGGAUAAGACAGACAGCGAUGAUGACAAGGACAGUGAUGAUAGCAAGGACAAGGAGGAUGACAAGGACUCGAGUGACAAGGACAGCAAGAACGACACCCAGCUUCCGAACCCUGCCACGGAUCCGGCCGGCUUCGUGACGGCCUUGAUGCAGCAAAUCCAGCACACUUUUAACGAGGCUCUGGAUAGCAGCGAUGAGCACACGCUCAACUGAGUGAUGCUGUGGAAGACUCAAGUGUUGUGAUUCUCUUGGGGCUGAGUUGGCAAGUGGUUCACUACACUCUUAUUGAUAGCUUGAAAUUCUGUUUGUGAAAAGUAUUCAGCGGCGUGUGACGAUUGACGAAGACCAAUGGCAAGGAAUCUGUAUGAUUAGUUAGUCCCUUAGUUAACAUGAUUGACUGGUUACCUGGAACGAACACGAGUACUUCGUAAAUAGAUCGGUCUCCGUCUCUUCGCUUCCAUGGACCUUGGAAUUCCGCCUCGAUCGGACGGACCAAAAACUUAACUCCACCUAACCC